AUGGUUAGGAAACAUAUGCCUGGAGAUGAGGGGCGGGGCGGCGUGGGCAGCUGGGCCUGCAGCCACACGCCACGCCGGAACUUCUGCUGCAGAGGGCUGCAGGUAGCCGGGGAACGGCGGGAGCGCCUGCGUGCGCUCACCGUGCUCUCGGUCCCAGUCACUAAGACUGUAGCACUGCGCUCUGGGAACGGCGUGAGGAUUGUGCCGGCUCCUUUCUCCGUCCGCUUCUGGUCCCCACGCGCCCUUCUUGGGCGUCCGCCCUUCAGCGUUCUGGCUGCUUGGCCCGUGGCUGUCCGGGCGGUAGCCUGGCUGCUUCUAUGGGCGGCGACUGGGCGCACCUGCUGGCCAGCCACGGCCUUCACCGCUGCCCCCUCUGACCCUGGCAUGAGAGCCACUUGUUCUGAAAUUAUUUUGAGGCAAGAAGUUUUGAAAGAUGGUUUCCACAGAGACCUUUUAAUCAAAGUGAAAUUUGGAGAAAGCAUUGAGGACUUACAGACAUGCCGACUCUUAAUUAAACAGUACAUCCCAACAGGACUUUUGGUGGAUCCAUAUGAGUUGGCUUCAUUACAAGAAAGAAACAUAACAGAGUCAGAGUUCCCAAUUUUGAAAUGCUGGGCUCAGUCAGAAGUAGCAGCUCCUUGUGCUUUGAAGAAUAGGGAUAUUUGCCAGUGGAACAAUAUGAAGUAUAAAUCAGUAUAUAAGAAUGUGACUCUACAGGUUCCAGUGGGACUGACUAUACAUACCUCUUUAGUAUGUUCUGUAACUCUGCUCAUUACAAUCCUGUGUUCCACUUUGAUUCUUGUAGCUGUUUUCAAAUAUGGUCAUUUUUCUCUGUAAGUUUUAUACAGUUAAAUGCUUUCUGUAAAUCUAAAUAAGACACAUUAAUUUGUGGCUAGAGGUGUUCUAGAACUUACCAUUUCUUUUGUCUUUCUUUGUGGCUGAAAUUAUGUUUACCAGAGGAAAUUUUGGAUCAUUCUUAGCCAAUUCCAAAAUUUACUGCUCUAUUUUAUAGAUGCUUGAUAAUCCUCAAACAUCAAGUGGAAAUAGAGGAAACUUAAUUCUGUUGGAUUAAUAUAUAUUU